UCCUCUUCCCACUCCUCUACCUGCUCCUUCUCUCAUUAUUAGCUUCCUCCUCUUCCUCCUUUUCUCAUUCUAUACCCUUCUCUCACUUGCUUUCUUCCCUCUUUACUUGUCCUACUUUACCUCCUUCUACCUCUCCUCUUAUUUUUCACCUUUCUCUGCUUCUCUUCCUUAUUUUCUCAUUUCCUAAAUCCUUCUCCCCUGUGUUUACUCCUUUUCUUGCACCUUCUUUCCUUCCUUAUCUCCUUUUUUAUAUCUGCCUCUUUUCCUUCUUUCUUACUCCCUAUUUCCUUCAUUAUCCUCUCCCAUUUUACCUCCUUUCUUGCUCCCCACCUCCUCCUUUCCUCCCCUAUAUCUCCUAAUUUCCCUCCUGUAUUCUCUUUUCUUUCUUCAUUUUCUCUUUCUCUCCCUUCUUUUUCCCUUCUCUCCUUCCCCGACUAAUUUCCUCACUUUCUACAUCCUAUUUUCCUUUCCUUAUUACCUCAUUAUGCUCUCUACCCUACGUAUUUCCUUCUGUACCUCCUUCUUUCCAUCCUAUAGCUCCUUCACUCCAUCUCUGCUUUCCUACCUACAUUCCCGUCCUACCUCCUUAUAUGCCGUAUUUACUCCUUUUCUUGCUCCUUUUUACCUUUCUUAUUCCUGCUUUCCUCCUUCCCUCCCUCCUUACUUCCUCUCUCUUCCCUCCACCAGUUUUUUCUCUGCUUUCUUUCCUUUCAUGGCUUCCUAUCUUUCUUCCUAUCUCCUCUCUCCUUUUCUUCCAUCCUUUUCCCGAUCCCUCUCCACUUCCUACCUCCUUAUAGUCAUCUUUACCUCAUCCUCUCCCUCAUUCUUUCCUCUUCAUGCUCUCUGACUGCCUAUCUCCUUCUCUCCCUCUCUUUCUUCCUCAACUCUUCCUCUAGCUCUUCCCUCCUUCCUAUUCCCUCCUCCUAUAACAUUUCCCCUCCCUCCCUCCCUUCUCUCCUCCCCUCGCUGCUCUUGUGUUUAUGUUCUCGGCUCCUGGAAGUCAAGUCAGUAUGCGCCACUCCUCCUCCUCCUCCUCUUCUCUUAAUCUCACUCACUUCUCAGCCCUCCCUCCCUCUCUCUCUGUCUCUCUCCCUCUCUCUCUUAUUUACACUUCAGCUCACUCGCUCACUUGCUACUUUAACUCAGAGCUGCUGAGAUGCAUUUGAGUGUCUGAUCAAAGUCUGGAUAACCAGGGCUGAGAAAUCUGCAAGGACCCGACUGAAGGGGAUUUUAAUUGAAAGUGACUCCCCAAUACAGGGGGACCAGACGUGGGCGACCAUGUUGGGUCAGAGUGUGCGGUUGCAGCCGGUGCCCAUCCAGAGCCUGUCAGAGCUGGAGCGAGCCAGGUUACAGGAAGUCGCCUUGUACCACCUGGAGGAAAGGGACCUGGACUUUAAGAUCACCAUCCCAAGAGCAAUACACAAACGGAGAAAAUCUCUACGCAGGAAGUUUGACUCCUUCUCAAAGGAAAAGAAAGAGCGAGAAUCGAACCCCAUGGCGUUCGGCAUCCCGCUCUCCCAGGUCAUCGCCAAUGACCGGGCCUACAAGCUGCGGCAGGACGCCCUGAAGGAGAGCAGGCGAGACUGUCUGGACCUGGAGGCUAGCGUCCUGCGCUUCCGGGCCGAGAAAAGGCAGUUCUUCAACGGGAACAAGCCGCUGGUCUGCUCCUCUUCAAUCACGGGCGGAGGUCCCUGCUCGCCGUCCGCAAACUCGGUGGCACCGGCGCCCAUUUUUGAUGUGCAGAACAAACCGCUGUCGCCUACGUUUCUGGAUAACACCGGCCGAGGACAGAGGAGGGGCGGUCUGUCCGUGGACUCCAUCUCCGACCUUGUAGAGAGUCAGUCUCGCCUGCUGGAGGCCCUGCAGCUCUCUCACCCGGCCGAGCUGGAGCAGAAGAAGUCACCGGGUGGCAGCCGCUCGUCGGACGGGAGGACCCAGACCAAGCUCAGCCUCAACCCCAUCUACAGACAGGUGCCCCGGGUGCUGGAGAGGUGCUGCAGUCACAUCGAGAACCAAGGCCUUCAGACUGUGGGGAUUUUCCGAGUUGGUAGCUCUAAGAAGAGAGUGAGACAGCUGAGGGAGGACUUUGACAUGGGGGUGGACGUCCAGCUGGAUGAAGAGCACAGCGUCCAUGAUGUGGCGGCGCUGCUCAAAGAGUUUCUCAGAGACAUGCCUGAUCCUCUGCUGCCCAGAGAGCUCUACCCCGCCUUCCUGCACGCCAACUUGCUGAGGGGAGCAGACCAGCUUCAGUACCUGCAGCACCUCCUCUACCUGCUCCCUCCCUGUAACUGCGACACCCUGCUGCGACUCCUCAGCCUGUUACACACCGUGCAGAGCUUCGCCCAGGACAGCAUAGGAACAAAUGACGAGGAGAUCUCCGGGAACAAGAUGACGGCUGCGAACCUGGCGGUGAUCUUUGGGCCCAACCUGCUGCAGAGGGAACGAGGAGAUGCGAGUCCUCAGAUCUACGCCAUGGGGAUUGAGGACAGCACGGCGAUCAUCAGCGUGACCUUGGUGCUCAUACAGAACUACAGGAGGCUCUUCACGGUUUCUGCAGAGCUGCAGCAGGAGGUCCUGAUGAGUCUGAUCCAGACUGACCCGGACAUCAUCGACUAUCUGCUGCGUAGGAAACUCGGCGGCAGUCACCUAACGGUGGAGAGCAGCAGCGAGUCGGGGGGUCGUCGGGAUACAGGGGCGUCUCUGGACUCUGUGGGAGCCUCCAGCGGGAGUCUGUCCCCACUGGAGCCCCCAUCGCCGCUUUUCCCUCCUGAUGGUAGCGGUGGCGAGGGCAGCCUGACCAGCGAGGUCUUCCUCAACGUGCUCAAACUGAACCAGAACAGGAAGCGUCAGGAAACGAGAUACGGUGACGUCCCUCCUGGUAAAUCCAUCCGCCACAUGCGUCAGUUCCACUCCCACCACAACCUGCUCAGCCUGUCCCAGCCCUCCUCGUCCUCCCCCUCCAGCUCCACUACCAGACUCCACGGUCAGGACCCCGACACCCAGGACCGCAGGGGCCCGCUGGGCUCUGCGCUGAACUUCACCCUGGGCGGUGGCGGGAGCGGCAGCUGCACCAGUCUGACCGGGUCCACGGAGAGCAGCAUCUGGGUGAGACAGACGCCACAGGAGGAGAGCAAACCGUCACCCGCCGCUAAUUUCUGGGACUUCUUCACCGGGAAAGGGUCGAGCUCGGAGACGAUGGUAUGAUGAGCGGCGAGAAGAGGAGGAAUAUUAAGGGAAUGAGUGCAUGUGUGUGUGUUUGUGUGUAUGAUGGCUGUCGGAGGUCAGAAAUACACAGAAGAGUUGGUUCCUGUUACAUUGAAAGUGUAUUUUAAGGAUUAUAAACACAAGACGAAUCCUAAAUUUCCUACUCAAACUUCCAACUUUAAGGAGGCGUCCUGCUGCUCUCCCAUCAGUAGUUGGAUUUUCCCACUUUUCCGGCAACUCUGGAACGCAGCAUGUGUGUGAAUGUGUAUUUGGGACACAAAAAAACAUGAAGAAAACCAACAAAUGGAGAACAAAAGUUUUUUUUUUUUUUUAAAAGACAUUUUGGAUUGGUGUUGGAAAACUUGCUCGGACAGAGACAUCAGAGAAAGAAGAAAAAGACUAAAUGAAUCUGUCUAUGAGAUUAUCUGGAAGUGGAUGCAGUAAUAAUAUCGAUGUACAUAAUGUAUUUUACACACACAACCCUCAUCUUUACUACCUAGAACUGACUCUAGCUGCAUGGACUCCACUAACUCUUUAUCUAUACUGAUUACCAAACUCCCUUUGGUUUUUGUUGUUUUUCUAUAAGCUACUUCUUAUCUACAAUUCAACUAAAGUUCAGCUGGAAAUAAUUGUUAGAAUUCAAACACCUGAAAGAGAUCAGAGCCAAUGUCUUUGUGUGCAACUCGGUGAGUAUUGAUUAGGUGAUUUGCAGUUCAAAAGAUGUCGAGAUAUCUAGGUUCAAUCUGGGCUAAAUUUGGUUUAAAUUUUUUUUUAUGUAGCUUACAUAUAAAAAUUGUUCAAACUACAUUUAAAAGCUUAUUUCUCAUAGUGUCUUUACAGAACAUUCUCAUUUUAGUUGUGUAGUUUAAGUUUUAUUUAAUAUUCACCAACGUAUGGAAAGAAUACUGUAUUUGUGUAUUUGCACAUUUUUUUGCAAAUUAUACAAAUUUACUUUUAUUUCUAAAAAAAUUCACAUUAUAAAGUGAACAAAAAGCAAGUAAGGAGCAGAAAACUAGAAACUUGUAGUUGAGGCAGAAUUACCUCAAGUAAAAAUAAAAUAUCACACAUAAUAACAUUCAGUAAUUAUGAGAGAUCUGUCUCAUUGGCUAAAUAAACACACCAUUUUUGCCACAGUUUUUCUCCCAAUCCUUUUUAAAGUCGUAUGGAGGUCUUAUCACAUUGCAUUUAGAAGAGCUUGAAUACUGAGUGACUUUAAGUAUAGCAGAGUUGGCUCUCACAAUAAACUGUUAAGUUUGUAAUCUUUUGAUCUCAAGCAUUCUGAUUCGGUUUGAACUGGAUUCAAUCUAGACGUCUUUUGACCUGCAGAUCACCAAACAAAUGCGGUGCCCAGUGAAGUACAUCUGUGUGAUUUUAGUAUUAACUUGGUUGCAUUUUUGGCACCACCAGUAGGAAACAAUAGCACUGAUCCAGUUCAGGGGGCCGGAUCCUCUGAAGGACACAGCCCAUUAAGUUUCUUUAGACCAUCAGACUGUCAGGCUGGACCUGCUGCUCCUCCCACAAUUAGUCAAAAACUAACGGUGCGUUCAGGUGCUCAACUCCGACAAGAGUACGAGGGGAUCUUGUCGAGUUUCAUGUUGCCUGAUUUUACAGUGUGAGAUAAAAUAUUCAUCUGUAUCCCCCUGUCAUUUAGGACUAACUAGACUUGAGAGGAGUUAAUACCUGGCUUCCAUUUCUUCUGCAGUGGCCAUGUGAUAUAUCCAGACUUUCAUAAUAUAUUAUUACAUUAAAGGUUUCUUACCUUCCUUUAACCACAGGAGGGCGACAUUUACCACAUCAGCUCAACCUUUAACCCUCUAGUAGCUUUCCCUCCCAUCUACAAACGCAUAUGUUAAAGAUACAUGUAUUAGGUUUGGGAAUAGUGCCAAGCGACUAGAAACUGUACAUAUGGCCUCUGUUUAGAGUAGAGAUCUGUGUUUCCAUUGUUGUACAGAGAUUCUCCCACAUCCUAACAUUGUUUUUCUUCACCACAAACACCCGUUGUACAGAGUCCGUCCUUCACCUCAGCCGGUGAACGUAUCAUCUUCUCUUUUUGGAUUCCUUGUAGGGAAAACAAGAUAUAUUUUGUCAUUUUGUCAGCAUUUUUUUUUUUUUUUAUAUAUCAUUGUAAAGGUGUGUUGAGACCUAAACCAGAGAGUGUACCACCUACCUGCAGAGAAUUAAAUGUCAAACUGCC